UAGGUAUAGCGAGAGAUAUCUCGUGGUAGGGACCUGGGAACCAGCUGUUCUAAUCUCUUUCGACCGGCAUAUCGCGAGUGGAACCGCGGUAGUAGUACGCUCAACGUCAGCGUGGACGUUUCCUCUCUCCUUCGAAUCUCCACGCGUCCGAGAUCGCUUCCAAAACUUCUUUCACCUUUUCAAAAAACGAUCGUCGAAUGUCGGGCCACCGUGAUAUCGUGGUGCAAGUUUCGAGUGAUCGGCGGUGACUCGUUUCGAAAUUCCGGACGUGUACUCGACUCGUGGCGGAACAACGUCGGUGUGCACAGUGAGCUCGAUCAAUCGUGAAACGCAUCUUCAGCAAGAUUCUUUUUCCCUUCCUUAUUUGGAUGAGUUUAUUUGGAAAGAAGGAAUCAAUGGAAAAAAUCCAUUAAUCGAAUCGAGGAUCAUCUUUGUGGAAAAAUUGGCAAAAAAUUCUGAAAGAUGAAAGGAACAAUGAAUCAAUGAUUGUAUAAAAAAAAAAAGAAAAAGAAAAAGAAGAGGAAAGAAUCGAGGAUUUUUGGGAGGGAAGACCGCAGACACAAAUAGAGUUAACAAGAGAGGCUCGUAUACGUACGGAGGAAAAUUCUCUGCCAGCAAUAUCGUAACGUUAUUAAGAGUGAUCACCCACGUUGCAGAACUUUCCGCAGACGCAAGGAGACUUUUUCACGGACAAUGGGAACAAUGAGGAACAAUUUCGCGGCGGUCUUUGUGCUUCACAUCCUGAUGCACUUGACGAGUCAAUCCCUCCCCCCACCACGCGGCACCAACGAAAAUUCCUCCAAGAGAAACAGUUUGUCCGAACUGCGAUCGACGUCCUCCCCGAUCUACGAAUGCCUCUUCCUAGAUCCGGAUCUGCCCAUUUGCGACGAGGAAUUAAUGUUGAAGUUGGCGGAGGAGGAUUCGUCGAGCGAUCAAGAUAAUUUUGGUAAAAAUAGCGGGCGACGCUCGACGAGAAACGUCCAUGUAUCCACGACGGACGUCAUAGUGUACACCAUUGAGGGUUGUUUACCGUCAAAGAUACCCUUCUCGAUGCCUUCCUGCGAGGGGAUUUCCUUGGACAAGAUCGUGGAUGUGCAGAAAUUCCGCCCCUUCGUCGUGAAGGGAGUGACAAAGCCACCGCUCGUGUUCCCGAAAUUCAAUUAUCGCGAAUGGCAGCGUAUGAUGAUGCGGUUGCAGAAUCAUGUCUCGCCACAGACGGAAUUCAAAGAAGGACAGCCGAUCGAGCAAGCGUCGUCGUCGUCGUCGUCGUCGUCGUCGUCCGUCGAUCGAUCCGUGGUUCAGGAAGUGGUAAGAAAGCAAGAGCUGAUGAAGGCAGCCACGAAGAAGGAAAUGAUGCCGAAUAUGAUGGCCGUUAUUACGACCAACUCGAACGACUCGUCGCCGAACCACUCGCGCAUUCUCGAUGAUUCCAAAGUUGGGGAAUCGGUGGAUCGACCAGCUGCAAGCACGGGCCAGCAAUUUUCCGAUAUCGUAUCGCGGCCAGCUUCCACCUCUGCAAGCGUACAAGAUCGAUCCCGUGACCGAAUCGAUAAUUCGACGCCUGAUCGUUCCAAGUUCAAUGUUGGAGAAAAUUCCGAAAUUCCCAAUACACCGCCUCGCUACAACCCCGUCGCCCCUCCGGAGUUAUCCUCCAACGAGCUUCUAAACUAUCACAACUCCGACAAAUUCUCAGAAUCGCUUGAGAAGAAGACGAGCGGGAUGAUUGCGCGCGACGAUUUCCCGAUUUCGAGAAAAACGACGGUCGGACGGUUGAGAAGAACAAGGUUACCGGCAACGCGCAACCAACAACGAGCGUCGACCGACGAAUCGCGAUUUCGACGAGAUUCCGAUCGCGGGAAAGCGAAACGAAUUGUCGAUUAAAAUUCGAUCGGCGAGCCAAUUAACGUUUGCGAAUCUCAAAUAUCGCAAUUUCACGUAGAAAGAGAAGUGGAGGAUCGCCGCUGCCGAUUUUGACAGAUAACUCGUUUCGUCCAUCGCUCCCGAUCCACUCGGAACGCGACGGAUUCGCGUGGGAGCUGCUUUCGAUUUUCGCGAGAAAUUACGACAGGUUAUGAAAAUUGGAAACUAUCUCCCUCCCGGAUUAAGGAACGAGUACGAAUUUAAUUUCUCUUUCUUUUUCUUUUUUGGAUGGAGGACAUUUCAAGAAUUUAUAACGGAUCAUUUAAUUUAUAAUUGUAGGUUUUUUUUUUUUUUAAUUUAUCCAAGCGAAUGUAAAUGUCGUCCAGAUGAGUUCGAUGUAAUUAUAAGUGUUAUUUAAACGUAAUAAUUCGUUAUUUAUUUAAGCAAAAAUUGAUCAGCAUAACAGAAACUUUCGUUCAUUUUCACCUUAAACGGUUCCCACACGUGUCAUUUUUGUAGAAAAGUUAUAUUAUCGGUAUAUAAAUCGGUACUUGAAGUGUCCUUGACAUUUAUAAGCCUAAAAAAAUAUUUCGCAUCUUUUUCGCUCUCCACUUUGUCCACUCUGUAUAUAAAACUCUUGCUGCGCGUUACAAUUACGGAUUAAUUACCAAUUAUCAAAUUAUUACUUGGUUAACCAAAAUGACAAAGCGUCGAAAUUCGCGAAAGAUCGAAUCGUAGGAGGGUCUGCUCUACUCUAUCGCGACGUAUCGAGAGGUAAACGAGGUGAACAGUGGCAGCGUUGAAUCUGCUAAACUCGUCCCCGAUCUUGCUUGAAAUUUAGAAUGAAAUUUGUCAACGAAGACAAGCUGUCAAAUUGAAAAGGGAUAGGGUUAAAACCGGUUACCAGAAUCGAGAAUACCGAUGCUCCAUUUUUUUGUUUCUUCCUCUUCCUCUUCUUCCCCUUCCCCUCGGCCCAAGCAUGGAACAACUCGUCCCGACUCGACGCGACGCCACGUUUCGACGAAUCGCGUGACUUUUCUUCGCGGGAAGGAAUAAAAAUAUAUUUUUCGUUCCCUCGAAUAAAAUUAAACAAUUAUUUUCCACUGCGUUUCCUUUCUUUUUUUUCUCUCAAGAUUUUCGUUCUCGACUAUCCAAUAACUUUGGUUUGGUCAACUCUAGAAAUAGUACGUAAGUCUUUGAACGCUCGACACAUUUAGGAUGAAAGAUCGCGUUGAUGCAAUUGAUAAAAUUAUACGUUCGUAUAAAUAUAGCGAUUAAAUUGGAUAGAUUUUCAAGAUCUUAUAAAAUUAUUUUGAAGAAGAGUUCAAAGUUGUCGAAGAAGACUUGAAUGGAUAUACAUCUUUAUUCGCGUAUCUUUACUUUAUCUUAUCAUUUUUUAAGAGAGAACGAUGAAUGGUAAGUAAGAUUUCGCUACGUUACCUACGAUCUCGAUCACGUAAUGUAACGGAAGAAUUUUGCGUAGUUUUGAUAAGUCGAUUAUUUAAUCGAAUAGGAUUAUUAGGAUUAGCAUAGAAUAUUAACUUAACUAUGCACGAGAUGCACGAGAAAUUUGCGUAUCUCUGUACAAUCUAUAUAAACCGUUUAUGCUCGAUCUUUGGAUAUUAUCCUUAUUCAUCCUCGAAUCAUAAAAUUUUCCAAUUUUCCAAGUAACAACCUGGAACAAACUUGUGUAUUCUUUGUAAUGAAAAGGAAAAUAAAAAUAAAAAUUCGUAGAUCAAAAUAAA